CUACGCGGUUUGUGGGGAUCCAAAGUGCACCAUCACCGCGUAUGCUUUCAGUGGUCAUGCUUUUAUGUUCAAACAAAAUCCAAUAAAGACCUUCAUAAAUUCUUAACAAAUUCUUUAGUCGCUUCUUCUCUUUCAUCUUUGCAGCCAAAACAACUUCUUUGGUCUUUUCUCCGAUGAAGAGAGACAUGGAAACCAUCAUAUCAUCUAUACUGUUUCCAGCCUUCCUGUUCAUUGCUGGCCUUUUAAGCCUAUAUUUCUAUUUUCCCACAAAAAAAAUCUAUUCAUGGGUCAAAUCCUUCUUCUCAAACAGUAGUACUUUAGCAGCUGUUUCUCCUCCUACUACAAGUCCUCAGGUUUCAUUCCGGAAAAGGAGUGGUGAUGGUAAAAAAGUAGAGCUCAAAAGGAUUUUCUCUACCUUUGACAAGAAUGGUGAUGGGUUCAUAACAAAGGAAGAACUCAAAGAAUCUCUCAAGAAUAUGAGGUUUUCGACAACUGAGAAGGAAGUGGAAGAGAUGGUGGUGAAAGUGGAUGCUAAUGGAGAUGGGUUGAUUGACUUUGAUGAGUUUUGCAUCUUGUAUGAGGCUAUGGUUUGUUGUGCAGAGUCUACCGGAGAAGGAGGUGGGACGGAGGUGACAACCGGUGGAGGAGAAGAGGAAUUGAAAGAGGCUUUUGACGUGUUUGAUCAGGAUAAAGAUGGGUUGAUUUCGGUUGAGGAGUUGAGGAUGGUGUUGUGUUCAUUGGGAUUGAAUGAAGGGAAGAAGAUGGAGGAUUGCAAGGCAAUGAUCAAGAAAGUGGAUAUGGAUGGGGAUGGAAUGGUCAACUUCGAUGAGUUCAAAAGGAUGAUGAAGGGGGGAGAACUAAUUACAGCCUUCUGAUCAACUCAUCUUCAAGUAAUUGAGGCUUUAUGUACAGAUUACAAGUGCUGAAAAUAGGAUCAUGACCUGAAAUUGCAUCAAUUGCCAAGUUUCUGGUGCAUAUCAAAUGUAAAUAUUUUGAAUGUGACUGUAUCUAUGUAUAUAUAUUUUAAAUUUGACAUAUAUGAACGGUUUCCUGGAAUCAAAUUUGUCAAUUUUU